AUGACGGUCCUCGCGCUCUGCGUCGUGGUUGGGCACAGGGGCAUCAUAGUCGCGAUCGUACUCAGCACGGCGGCGGAGCUCAUUCUCGUCAUGCUCGUUGUGGUGAUUAUUGAGAUUUUAGCGCUCUUCUUAAUUGAAGACCUUCGUUUCAACAACAUGUGUAUUGAUUUGAUUGAAAUGGAAUUGAUAGUGCGUGUUGUGGUGAUGCUUGCUCUAAGCUACAUGGUCGGGCCGUGCAACUGCACUGGACUAUGCUCUCCAGCGACGUACGAGUUUCGCCUGAGCAAAGAUGGCGCCUUCCACUUCCCCGUGUUCCACAGGAAGCACCCCUGCCUAGACGACCCAUCGCCGGUUCAUGCAGCAAGCGUAUCGGACGCUGGCACCGUCGUCGGGAACGACGAGAUCCACAAGGGCAAAUACUUCAUGGCCAUCAGCCUCGGCACCCCUUCCGUCUUCAACCUCGUGACCAUCGACACCGGCUCCACCCUCUCCUGGGUCAACUGCGAGAGAUGUGAGAUAAGAUGCCACGGUAAGGCAGACGAAGCAGGCCCAAGGUUCGACCCUCACAGCUCCGCCACGUACCGGCAGAUCGGCUGCUCCGACGAGGACUGCGUCGACAUCCACCAAGACAACGGCAUCCCUUACGGCUGCAUCGACGAGACCGACACCUGCCUCUACAGCGUACGCUACGGGUCGCAGUACUCGGCGGGGAAGCUCGGCAGGGACCGGCUCGCUCUAGGCGACAACCUCACCGUCGUCGACGACUUCGUCUUCGGCUGCAGCGAGGACGACAGGUUCUACGGCAAGGAGGCUGGCGUCAUCGGCUUCGGCAACAAGAGCUACUCCUUCUUCAACCAGAUGGCCCGGCAGACGAGCUACGUCGCCUUCGCCUACUGCUUUCCCAGCGACCACCAAGCCGAGGGGUUCCUCAUCGUCGGGCCCUACCCCCAGAGGCUGGAGCUCGUCACCCCAUUGAUCAGGGGAUACGGGCGCAGAUGGUACGUGUACUCGCUCCUGCUGCUGGACAUGAAGGUCGACGGGAAGCGCCUCGAGGUCGAUCCCACUGUCGACACGCGCCAGAUCAUGGUCGUCGAUUCUGGCACCGACGACACCUUCGUUUCAUCGGUAGUUUUCUACGCCCUCGCCGAGGCGGUGACGUCGGCGAUGGGAGAUAAGGGGUACUACCGUGAGUACGGCAGUGAGAAGGUCUGCUUCAAGCCUGCCGGCGGCGAGCCGGUGAACUGGAGAGGCUUGCCGGCGGUGGAGAUGCAGUUCCUGAGGGCGGCCCUGAAACUGCCGCCGGAGAACGUGUUCCAUCAGCAGUCUGCUGAUCGGAUAUGCUUGGCGUUCCAACCUGAUACCUCUGGCGUGCGAGAUGUUCGGAUUCUUGGGAAUAGGGCGCUGAGAUCGUUCAGGGUUGUGUAUGAUCUGCAGAAGAUGACAUUUGGCUUCCAGGCACGGGCUUGCUGA